UUAACGAUUAAAAAAUAAAAGUCUUAUAUUAAUAAUAAUUUUCUUUAUUUUUGUUGGAUCGGUUGCCACCGUUUGUAAUGGAAGAAGAAUGAAGUGAUGAACACGAUAGUAACAUAACAUAUCUGUGACACUAAUUACGGGAUUUCAAAUAUCCUAUCAUCCACCAAUCACCGUACCACACCGUUUUCUCAACAACCAUUUUUCCCCUUCCGAUCCACCUUUCAACGCGUUACACUGUUCUGUUCUCUUCCUUCUUAGUACUACUAAUAAAUAAUCACUUAUUCAUUUUUUUCCUUUUUCUUCCACUCCUUCACUAACCAGUUACAACUCGCGCGAGAUUCAUAAAAGCACUUUCCCCUAAAUUCCAAUUUCUUAUUCAUCUCCCAAAGGUUUUUUCUCUCUAUUAUAUUUAAUAAUUUGCCUUUUCAAUUCAUUUCGCUUUUCAAUUUCAAUUAUGCAAACGCGCGUUUUCUCUCUCUAGCUCAACGAUGUCUUCUCAAACAACAACCUCUGAAACGCAAGAGGCGCCGCUCCUCCGUUCACGCCAUGAAGGAGGACGCUCUACAUCCCUCGCGCUUCUUCUAGGACGCGCCGCCGGACGGAGAGGACCGUCGGUUCUGGUGCGAGAGACAGCGGCGCGUGAACUAGAAGAGCGGCGUGCUGACUGGGGAUACUCGAAGCCAGUUGUAGCGCUAGAUAUAUCAUGGAACAUGGCGUUCGUUGUGGUUUCGGUGGUGAUGUUGUCGUGCACCGUUGACGAGACUCCGAUCACGCCGAUCCGAAUUUGGAUCAUCGGUUACGCGCUGCAGUGUUUCGUUCAUGUUGUUCUAGUGUGGCUUGAGUACAACCGCCGUAGCCGGAGAGAUUCGAGGCGGUGGCAGAGGGAGAACGACGACGGAGCCAGUUCUGACGGAAGCGACAGUGAUGACGGUGACGGGAACUCAUCUCAGUCCAGGUUCACCAAGCGAUGUGAAUCAAUAAAUACCGGGGUUUCAUUCAUUUGGUGGAUGGUGGGUUUUUACUGGGUUGUCUCUGGUGGUGAUAUCCUUCUGGAAAAUGCUCCAAGCUUGUACUGGUUGGCUGUCAUCUUUCUGGCAUUUGAUGUCUUCUUUGCCAUCUUCUGUGUUGUUUUGGCAUGCUUGAUUGGCAUUGCUCUCUGUUGUUGUUUGCCCUGCAUCAUUGCUAUUCUCUAUGCUGUUGCAGGACAGGAAGGUGCGUCAGAAGCAGACCUUAGUAUACUUCCAAAAUACAGAUUUCGAUUAUUAAACAAUGAGGAAAAGGCUAGCGGUGGAGCUGGAUCGAUGGUUCCCACAGAUACAUCCAGUGAAUACUUGGAUAAUGAACGGAUACUUUUACCUGAGGAUGCAGAAUGUUGUAUAUGCCUCUGUCCGUAUGAGGAUGGAGUGGAGCUUCAUACUCUUCCCUGCAACCAUCACUUCCAUUCUUCUUGCAUAGUAAAAUGGCUAAAGAUGAAUGCAACAUGUCCACUUUGUAAGUACAAUAUUCUCAAGGGAAACGAACAGGUAUAACACCUAACUGGGUGUCUUCAAUGCUGUUGUCUAUAUGUAGAUAUUCAAAACAAGGAAUAUCCACUUUCUCGGUUUUGAUAGUUGUUUUGCUUAUCUAUUUAUGUAGAGAAGAUUUAGGUCAUAUAUUCAUGAAUAAGUUAUCGAUGUUACUAAAUUGAGUAAUAUUUUACUAAGUUGAGUAAUAUUUUGUUCUUGUUAGUUA